AUGUAUCAUUUUCCUUUAUCUGAAAAGUAUUCGACCCUUGUGUAUGAACUCCAUCCUCGCCAGGGCUUGAACUUGGACAGCCUUUACUUUGAUCGCCCCACUCCUUACCGCGGACAAGAUAAAAAGAGCUGUCGAAUAAAUCUUCUGUUGAGCCCGAGACCUAAAAGUCAACAAAGAAGGCCAGGCGCCUCGUUACCGCUCCUGCGGCUCCAACGUCCGCGCUGCCGCGGCUGCUCCCGCUGCGUAAUCCCUUCCUCGGAAACCCGGACACACAAACGCCGGAACGCCCGGGGCCAGGGCGCCGCGCCCCAGGGCCAGGAGGAAAACAUCUGUGGUUUCGAGGGAGUGCUGGGACCCUCCCGGAGCGCGCCGCCUUCCCGCGACCCCCUCCCACCUCCCUUUUCGUCCUGGAGCGUCUAUAUUUCUUCACCUCGGAGGCUCCUGCAGAAGAGGGCCGGAAAGGGGAUGCUGAUCCCUCAGCUGCGGUCCACCGGACUCGCUUUAUUUAGGAAUUUCGCCCGAGCUCCUAGUCUAGCUCGUUUCAUUGAACUUUGGACAGCUCAGACUGCAGCCCUCACCUUUUUUUUCUUCUCCAGCCAUGAUACUAUGGGCACGAGGAACCGCGACGCCGGGGCCGGAGGCCUGGGGCCCCAGAGGACGCUACCUCUUGGCGCGGGCCUGGUCUCGGGUCCCAGCCUCACAGCUCGCACGGCCGAGCCCCCUCUCCGCCAGGCCUGCGGCCCCGCCCGCCAGACGGUGCCCGGGCGCCCCGAGACAUAUGCUGUCCGCAGGCCGCGCGGCCCGACGUGGUGCUCAUUGCAAAGGCGGUUCUCAGCCCAUCAAAAGCCCAGGCUUUCUUCAGCCGUAUGGGCCGCGAGGUGA